UCAGCUCAAAUAGCUGAGGCAGAGUGUCAUCUGCAAGCUUCUGACAUUUGCAGGAGUCACGACAGAAUGAUGCCAGAAGGAAAAAGGAAAAGCCUCACUUUUUACCGGACUGCUGCUGUGGUUCUCACGUGUUAUUUGGUGCAGGUGACUGACUGUUAUCGAAUGACGAAAAUACAACGACGAGAAGGACGGAAAGAAGCGGACGCAGGCAAGACAAUAGGUCUCCAAGAUGGGAGGAUUGUGUUCGGGAGAACUUUUGAGAAAGGAUCACAGGUCGCAGACGGGACCAAGAAGUCUUCAAACACUUCUGUGGAGGAUGAAUCUGCUUAUCAAGCGGACUCUUGGGGUUGGUCAGAAGGACACACUGCUAAUGCUGGUGCCACAGAAGCAUUAUGGCGGCGCAUGAAUCCUUCCCUCCAGUGUGGUGCGGACCAGAUGAGGUUCAGAGCAAUGGGACCAGGAUCGUCCUCAUUUGCAGUGGAACAAGCAAGAGCCCCUGCAAUUCCUCUGACCCAGAUCCCUGCCACCUGUGGCUACAACAUGCAGAGGAACGCUCUUGGAUUUGCCAUGUUCGCUCCCUACGAUGGCUGCAACAUGGUUCAAGAGGGUGGAAGUUAUGUGCUCCCAAUGCGGUGGCAGGGAAUACCAGUCUCCCUCUGGUGUCCCAAACCUGCAGCACAACCAACUGCUGCAGCACCCACCACUGCUGCAAAACACCCAGAAAUGCCUAAAUUUCCACAAUAUCCUAUGUACCCUCCUUUCUAUCCUCUUCCAGUUACUCCAGCACCAGCCACAACAACUCGGGCACCAGCUACAACUCCAAAGCCACACAUGCCUACAUUUCCACCAUAUCCUUUCUACCCUUUUUACCCUCCUUUCUAUCCUCUUCCAGUUACUCCAGCACCAGCCACAACAACUCGGGCACCAGCUACAACUCCAAAGCCACACAUGCCUACAUUUCCACCAUAUCCUUUCUACCCUCUUUACCCUCCCUUCUAUCCCCCUACAACAGCACCACCAACAACGGCAGCGGCAACAACUAAAACUCCUGCUCCAGUGCCUCCCUUCCCUUUUCCUUGGCCCUACCUUACUCCAUUUCCUUUCAAUCCCUCCCCUCCAACUACAGCACCGCCAACUACAACCGCAACGACUAAGAAACCAGCCGCCCCAACAACUCUACCUCCAGCUAGUCAUAGUCACCCACAUGGCCACUAUCCACUCCCUUACCCAUUUCCCUUUCCUCCAUUUCCCUAUCCCCAACCUCCAACUACAGCUCCGCCAACCGCAACGACUAAGAAACCAGCCGUCCCAACAACUCUACCUCCAGCUAGUCAUAGUCACCCACACGGCCACUAUCCACUUCCUUACCCAUAUCCCUUUCCUCCUUAUGCUAAUAUAGGCUAACUCACUGAACUGAUUCUAAUAAAUGGUUUGGAAAACAUCAAA